UAGCGCAUAACCCAGUAGUUUAAGUACAUCAGUAAGCACUCUUCUUAGACAACAGCUUCCUUGAUUUACAUAUAUGCAUCGGUGGUGUCUGUAAAUUUUACCGAAGGGCUAUCUAUCAAGCUAUUCGAUUUUCUUCGGUUCCCUGAAAACGUUAGUCAUCCCUUAAGACUUCUAUCUCUUAGUCAGGUUUUUCUCGAUCUUAUCCGUCACACAGAAGGUAACAUCAUGGCGUCAAACCAACAAAAAGGCGAUGAAUCGAUCCCUUUAGAAGCGAACGAGACCCCAGAAGACUGUGCAAAGAGGCUAUCAAGAAGAUUAUCAGAAUAUGAGGCAGCGUCCAUCGACAUUGAAGGCAGAGCAAACCAGCUGCGAAAAGAGCGCGACGCAGAACGUGCACUCAACCAAAAACUUCAUAAAGAAGUUGAAAAACUUUCUAACCAGCUGCUUCACGAGCGGACAACAAACGCGCUACUGGCAAAGAAAGUCAAGAUGCUGGAAAAUAAGGACGACGAUGAAGUGAAAACAGACCCUGAUAACAUGGAUGCCUCCUCAAUUCCAAGCGAUGUCUUCUCAGACAAGGACCUCGCUCUAAAAGUAAAAGAAUUACAAAAAAUUAUUGAAGAACGAAUCAAAGAAGAAGAAAAGAAACAACCGGAAGACGAAGCAGACAUCCAUAACAAAAUGGCGGCGCUCGUUAUGCUACACCAAAGUACCCAGAAUUAUUUAGAGGAGAAAAACGAUAAUGAAGAUAGUGAAGAUGACAGUGUAGAGACGCUAAACACGGUAGAAACACUAGUAGAAGGUCUGAAAAAUACUCAUGAGUAUCUAGAAGAGAAAAAGAAAAAAGGCAAGCCUCAGGUGUCUACAUGGAUGAGAAUUUUUGUUUGUCUUGGGCCGAUUUUUUUGAGUGCUUUGUGUUACUUGGCGUUUGCAUCAGUGAAAAAAUGACUUCUGAACGAAUGAAUUGAGAUGUACCAUGACAUUUUUACAGCAUUCUAGAAUAUUUACUUUAAUAUAUGGUAAGAUACUUAGCUAUAAGAUAGAAUCAUAAUAUGUCUGCUAUUGAAUAGGCCACAAGACACUCGAGUUAUCCUUGCCACAAACAGACCUUGCGGCCUGGGAUUUUCCAUGGUGCAUUUUUUCUCUUAAGGUGCUUCGUGUAUGAGAACUAGUCGUAUAACAAUGAGUUAUUCCAGAUCCACAGAAUUGUAUCAAAUAAAAGCAUUGAAUAACUAUCUUAUUUUUUGCCAUAUACCAUAAAACAAUAUAACAAAUAGAACAGCUUAUAGGACACACACAACAUAAAUAAACCAAGCUUGACUACAAAAUAUUAAUUUUGCUAAAUCAGUUUGUAAUGGUCUUCCAUUAGGGUUCUGAAUACACACACAGAUUUGUCAAUAAAGAGAAUUAAUCGAUGCACCAA